UGUAUAUAUUGAGGGUAUAUACAAGCGUCUACUCAGAUAGGCACUAUCGAUGUUUACAUGCAUUCUGCACAUACCUGGAAAAAGCAUGCGCACACCUAUGAGACACCAAGCUUGCAAACCCCUUCUCUCUAAUCUUUUGCAUGCACAUUGAUUGUUGUACACGGCGUAAGGAUCCAAAUCCACGUAAUUGAAAGGUGUGUUCAACAUGUGACGAGGAUGCUGUUGAUGUCGUCGCAAAGAGCCACUCACUUGGUGAACCACGAGUAGCAAGCGUUGGAUUGUAUCCACGAACCCACCCACCCUCUUGAUUAUAGAGUCUCCUCUCUCACGUCAACCACCGACGCUGGGUGUGCCAGUCAUUGUUACUUUGUAGUGCCUAUCAAUGAUGGCUUCCACAUCCAGUGGUAACUAGUGUAUCUGCGGCCAACUAGUGGUCGUAGCAGCUAGAUCUUCCUCCCCCCGCCCUUCUCUCUCUUCUCGCGCAUGUACCGCUUCCCUCUCCAACCCGGCUAACUGCAACACCUCAGUACAUCAACGCACUUUCACCACCUUCACCCCCCUCCCCCCUACCCUGCACCACCACCUCCACCACACUCGUUCGCUCAUAUCGCGCUGCCGCUUCCGACCAUAUGCCUGCAACUAGCUGCACCGCCUGCUCCUGCUCUCCGCGCGCUGCUGCUCGGUAGCUAAACACUCGACGAGAACUCCGCGACUUCUGCAUUGAGCCCGCACCUCCGACAAAACGACCCCCCUCCACCCCCUCCACCACACUCACAAUUAUCACCAUGAAGCUGUAUUCCUUCAAGAAACAGUUCACAAAAUCUCCGCCGCGUCCUGCUACACCACCCGCCCCCGCCUGGGAGCCGCUGUCGCCCGUCCUACCUCCGCGCGAAGCGCCCAUAACCCACCCCGCUAGCGGUCCCAGCAACCGCGUUGAGACGUCCGACAAUGGCAUCACCAGCCCAGCUCAGAUCUACCCUCCGCUAUCCAGAUCGCCAGCGCACGCGCCGCCCCGUCUUGGUCUCCCUGCCGUGACGUGCGAGCCGUCGAUGCGGUCCGCUCCUCUGCCACAGCGCAACACACCCUACUCGCAACCUUUGGGUUCUCCCAUUGAGGCCCUGGCAGACGCUGCCAUAUCCUCCCUUCAACGCAGCCCUACACACGCAGACUUUUCCCACCGUGCUGCUCAUACCUCAACCUCGCCCACCUCCCGUCCUCCCCCGUCUACCCAGCGCCCUCCUAAACACGCUCCCCAUGACUACACCCAGACCGAACGCCCUUCCAAGCGCGCGCGCUCCGAAUACUUCUCUUCCCCGCAAUAUGGCCAGCAGUACCCGAGGCCUGCUACAAGUCACAAUUCAGGCUGGUCCUAUAACGUGGAGCAUAUGGCGGACAACGGUCUACGCAUGUACCAGGACGGUUCUGCGCCGCCCCAGCAUCAGGAAGACAACAACCUGAAAAGGCUUUCCGAUGCCCAGUUGCUGAUGGACUUCGCCGUGAAUGCUUCAACCCCACGACAGGCAACCUCGUCAAAAAGGUGGUCAAUCUCUCACGCGGAGGCUUCCUCACCCUACUCACAGCAUCAUCUACAUAUGCCCCUCUCUUUCCCAGAACAGCUUCAUCCACAGUAUCCCACGGCAUCUCCAAUGCCUCUCCCGCCCGAAUACAAAUACCCGCAAGAUCUCCAGUCCGAUGCAGCCAAAUUGGCCGACUACACCCAACCCACCUUGGCCGCUCAGACUCAGACACCACCCGAAGAAUCUUUACAGGCACCACCCGAACCUGCAGUCGACAAGGCUGCUGCUGAAAGACCUGGAAUCCCAAAACCAAAGAAAGCACAGGGUUGGCCAAAAGGUAAAGCUCGAGGCCCACGCAAUAGUACGGCUGGUGGCAGGAAGAAGAAACCCACACCGAAACCCAAAGAAUUGCCAUCUACGGUGACGUCCGAAGUUCCCCAACAACUUCGUUCACCGCAAAGCCUUAAAGCCGAGCAUCACACCAACCCCACCGAGGAGGCCCCCGCUCUAACUGGUUUGACAUCGCCUUUGUUGCCAGUAGCUGUCAAACCCCGCCGCCAUUCCUUCACAAACAAUGGUUUAUCACAAGAGGGCCCGGUCGAUCAGUCUUUUGCACCAAUCCGGGCUCAGUCUGUUCCUCUACAAGCUGAUGCAACGAUGACACCACCAGCGGACGAAAUCAAUGCAGUACAAUCACACGUCUCCCUCGAGCCUGUGACCAUCUGUGCCGGAUGCAACUCUUCCGAUUCAGAAACGAGGAUUGGCGACGGGGAACAGUGGAUUCGGUGCGAUGGCUGUAAAGAAUGGUACCACUAUGUAUGUGCGGGCUUUAAAAGCGAACGGGAGGUUCGCGAUGUCGACAAGUUCUACUGUGCAUCAUGUGAACCAAAAUUCGGCAAGACUACCAAAGUCCGAAAGUCUACAAGGGCGCACACUGCUGUAGACUACGCCGGUUUGAAUGAAGGCAUCCUGAAAACUUCUGACGAUAACCCGGAACAUCACUACAUUGCUGCUUUCAAGAACGGGGAUAUUGAAUUUGCCAAAGAGUCUUUUGCACGCCUUCCAGCCGAGUUGAUUACCGCAGAUUACUUCGAGAAGACGGAUGGGUUCAGAGAGCCUGUAUUGGUUCCAGCUGCUUCGAACCCCCGACCGCAACCAUUGGAUUCAAACCUGCCCGAUAAGAUUGAACUUGCCACGGAUAUCGACGGCCGGAUCGAUGACCCUUACGCCUAUGAAAUGGUGCCAGAUGAUGGCCAAGAUAAGCUAGACAUGGUCAUCCCCGCAGGUCUCACUGUUCGCCGCGUUUGCGAACUAUACGGACCGCAAGAAAAAGUUCCGGUCAUCGACGUCAAAGCACAGGAAGGUGAAGAUAAGAAAUGGACCAUGGCCAAAUGGGCGGAUUACUACGAGCAACAGGGUGAAAAGCCAGUCCGCAAUGUCAUCAGCUUGGAGGUUUCCAAAAGCCGGCUGGGCAGGUUGAUACGCCGGCCUAAAGCGGUGCGCGAUUUGGAUCUUCAAGACUCUGUCUGGCGCGACGACGAUAAGAAACCCCCGCCAGCCGUUCAAUUCUAUUGUCUUAUGUCUGUCGCCGAUUGCUACACCGACUUCCACAUCGACUUUGGGGGUUCUUCGGUCUAUUAUCACAUCGUCAAAGGCAAAAAGGUGUUCUUCUUCAUCCCUCCUACGAAACAAAACCUCAAGAAGUACGAAGACUGGUGCCUUUCUCCCAAACAGGGGCACGAAUUUCUGGGCCACCAAGUGAAAGAGUGCUAUCGGGUUGACCUAUACCCAGGGGAUACGAUGCUCAUUCCCUCUGGGUGGAUACAUGCCGUUUGGACGCCCGAUGAUAGUCUCGUAAUUGGUGGCAACUUUCUGACCAGAAUGCACUACGACAUGCAGAUUAAGGUAUUGGAGAUCGAGAAAAGCACGAAGGUUGCGGCCAUGUUUCGGUAUCCAUUUUUCCAAAAAAUCAUGUGGUUGACUUUGAUCCGGUAUCUGGAAGAGGACCCUCUGCCAGAGUCCGUUGAACGACACCUUCUUGAUGGUAACCAGUUCGAACGCAAUGUUCCAUUAUACUGUGAACCGCAAAAGUUUGGGCACAACUCCAACCUGGGACCAGAGAACUACAACCGGCGGUAUUAUCCCAAAGCUGAGCUCGAAGGUCUCCCCGAUCUCGCCAAUUACAUCUGGAGGACUGUACUAGUAUCGCUUGGUCGCAUAGAAGGUAUCACUGAAACGGUACGCAGAGCAGUCACUAGCUCCAUUCCCAAAGGUUUUGGAGAGCCAUUGGUAUUGGCACGGCGGUUUGCCAUGUGGAUCGCCUGGAAGAGAGGAAAUGAAAGCCUUCCCCAGUGGGCAUACCCUGAUGCCAUUCUCCCCGAAAAUAUUGAUGCGAACACCGAAAAGAAAGUGAGCGCCGCUCACCAGAAGCGAAUGGAUAAAGAGGCGUGGAACGAAACUUUACGAGCCACCGCCGAGAGGUUUUCUACUAGGAUCAAAACUGCAGAACCCUCUCGUCAAAGUGUUGCAGAUGGCCAAGUGACUGGUCAAUCAUCAGUUUCACAGCCCUUGACUGGGUUUCUACAGCAAACAGAUCCUAGCAGGCCGCUGACAACACCGAAAACAUCUCAGCUGGGGCCAAAGCGGAUCGCUUGCGAUGCAUGCAGGAAGCGUAGGAUACGCUGCAAGCAUAAAGAUGACCUCAUCGAAACAGCAAAGUCUGGCAACGGCAUGAACGGAGGAAUGAACACCAUCGAUCUGUCUGGGUCUUUAGGUCUCUCGGUCAAACGACGUUACAGUGAUCUUGAUGAAUCAACCAGGCAACAAUCACAUCCAGCCGAGGCCACAGCAGUCGUGAACGGAGGACCUCUUCUUGCUGACGUUAACGCCGACCCAUACGCACUGAAAUCGGGCCGGGUAAAAGCAUGCGCAGACUGCCGCAAAAGCAAGCGUCGAUGUAUUCAUGAUGAAUACGGCAAUGUCGAUCCUAUCAAGGCGAACGAGAUUCCUAUCCCAAGAGGCGCAGCUUCGAAAAAGCGACGGAUCAGCGAGGAAGAUCCUAUGCCGGCCAGCCGCAGAAUGAAGAAGGAGUCUGUCAACGGCGAUUUUAUUCACACACAGAUGCGCCACCGUGUUUCGUUGCCCAUCAACUUGAGCGCGUCUGGCUCCAACGACCUGCAGGACCUUGCAUAUUCCGCUCAGCAAGCGUUGAGUCAGGUGCUACCGGAUGAUCCAAUGCCUAUCGAUCCCGCUCUGCAGUCAUACGAUAACGAUGGAGAUGUGGUUGCUUUCGACACCCCUUCACGUGCACCACAUCAAGAAGUUGUCAUGUCUUCGAUCGAAGAUGAAGAUAACUUAGAUACCCAAAUGAAAGAUGCGGACAUUGUGGAAGCAUCACCCACUGAAUCUCGGGAGCCGUGCACAGAGCCUCCUGUUUCCGGAAUGGGUUUGGUGAACAAGCAGGGUCUAUCGAAUGGCACCAGGCAAGUGCAACAUCACGGCCCUCUAUUUGAGGCUAGUGAAUCUGCCAUGGUCGCCCCUCCCAUCACACCUAAUCGAUCCCGGUUCGCUAGAAUGAGCUCCAGUGGCCAGAAAUCGAAUCACAAUCCGCGAUCCAGGAAGAAUCAAACCUCGGGUUCACCGUCGAGAAGCCGUAUACGAGAAAGCGGAGACAUUGUCAAGAUUGAGCCACGGUCUGACCAGAAAGCUCGAGCCGUUUCGUCAACAACGAUGGAUGGGGAAGAGGACAUGGCCAGUCUAGCUCUGGCUAUGAAAUUACAGAUGGAAGAGCAUGGAUUAAGGAGAAGAAGCAAGUGA